AUGAAUAUGUAUACAUUUCUUCUCUUUCUACUCUUUGCAAUUGCAAAAGCAGUUGAUGGCUAUAUUUGUCUCGAAAGACGUGUACCAGAUCAAAUUCGUUUGGCUUUUGCUGGUAACAAUGCUGUGAAUGUCGGUUGGCACUCGUAUGCUUGUCCAUUCAGAAUUGACAAUCCAAAUCCUACUCCAACGGUCUUCUAUGGAUUUUCACGUACAACGCUCAAGUUCACUUCGGUCAACAGACAAUCAAAGGCUUAUAACAGGCGAAAUAUUAUAAAAACAUCUUGGUUUUACAGUGUUGAACUUCGAAACCUUAAACCAUCUACUAUCUAUUACUAUAAAAUUGCUGCAUCGCAAUAUGUAUCAGCAUCAAACAUUUACUCGUUUAAAUCACCACCAACUCUCGGUGAUCGACGUCGAGCCAUAAAUAUUGCUGCCUAUGGUGAUUUGGGUGUAGAUGGUCUCCUCGGAACUGUGACUAAUGGUGCCGGUCUUUUUGAGCGAGCAUUAAGAGCUUUGCAAAGAAUUUUACCAAAAGUUGAUUUUUUCUUGCAUCAUGGUGAUAUUUGUUAUGCAGAUAAUACUCCUUUACUUUUAUUCGGAAAAACGUACGAAGAGGCUAUGGAUUAUUGUCAAACAGCUAUGAUGAAAAUAACAAGUACGCGUUUCUAUAUGACAGCUGUUUUGACAUAUUCCAAAAUAACAAAUAAGCCAUCAUAA